AUGACUGUUUUUCUUCACUUUGCACAGACCUCCAGUCCUAGAAACUGGCAGAAAUUUCCAGAAGCGGUCCUGGGGCAGGGCUGGGAGGGGUCUGGUCAGCUCCAGGCGGCCCCUGAGGGGUCCGUUAGGGCAGAAGGGGCCGGGUUCCCUCGCUUGGUGUUGUACGAAGUUCCUGCUGAAAACUGUCUGUUGUCUUUGUCUCCCAUCUACUCUUCUAAGCUCCUGGGAGUGUGUUCCCUUCCAGGUUGCACGUUUAAGGAUGUUAGAAGGAAUCUUCAGCAAGAUAUCGGUGAGUCUUCUGACCAGUGCAGAAGUGCCUCUCAUUUCCAUGGAAGGGAUGAACUGAAGAACUAUGGGACAUGGGAUAGAUUUGUGCUUUGUACCAGAGGAAAACUCCUAAAAUACCGAGUACCAAACCUUAUAGAUGCCUACCAGCAGCACGGGAUCUGCGUGCACGGGGACACUCCUGACAUUGCCGAGUGCUGCAGAAUUCUGGAGGAGCUCAGGAGCUGGGUAUCCGCUGUACGCUGUUACAGUGGCCUUGGACACUUGUGUCUCCGUAAGUAGCUGCCUUCCCCUCUUAAUUCCUAAUUAACAAACCCACUUUGCACCCCCGUUCCCACAAGGCAGCCCUCUGAAGGAGCAGCUGCAGCAGACGGGGCCAGUGCUUUCAAACAGGAUUUGGUGAAGGGUCUGCUACGUAGAUCUGUGAACCCUAGAAUGAAUUCAGCAGCUGUCCUGCUUGUCUGCUAUUCACCAUCACUAAUAACUUGUUGAUUUCUCGUCCUUAGCCCUGCUUACAGCUUGCUGAGCCAUUGCUCCUCUUUCUGGUGUCCCCAUUCUCCUCACAGGUUGGACAUCUGCUUGAUCUUCCUGCUUUGGUUCUCUUACAUCUUUCUAACCAGCAGAUGUUUGUCUUCUACAAAAUGCAUGGAGGUGUAUUUUUUUUUGUUGGUGUUGUGCUGGGGGCUGGAGCGCCCAAUGAGCUUCUUGUUGCUGCAGAAAUGGCUCACACCUGGACUGGGUCGUGCUGGGCAUCAGCUGGUACAGCCGGCAUGGCCGCUGCCACCCAGCAGGCACGCGGGCUGUUGUGACAUCCCAGGGCUGCUCCGGUGUGGUUACCAAGUGGAAGGGAUGCAAAACACAGCAGUAACACAACUCUUUAGACAAAAAAAAGCCAAAAAGUAAAUAUAUAAUCCUCUGUAGGCUAGAGCGAGGCUCCCAGAAACAUGCCUGCAGCAGGGUACCUCAGUCAUCUGUAACUAGAUCCACUCAAAGACCAGAGAAGUUGAGUAGAGAGGAGAACAUUUAACCGUGUCCUGUUCUGAGGGAGCGCUGAUCAUCUGUUGCAGUGCUCAGGUGCCCUCUGGCACUCUGUGAGGGAAGUGGUGGCUCUGGGAAGAAAGCCUGCAGCACCCCUGCUGGGCCUUCUCUCUGAGAAGCAGCCUCCUGACCCUUCUGCACCCACCUCCUGUUUCCUUGUCAGGAUUUCUGUGAGCCCUGCCAGGCCCCGCUUCCUUCCUUGUGACCCAGUGUUAGCACACCCCGUGGUGCUGCUGUCCCACUCCAAGGGUCACUUUGUAGCCCCCCAGCUGCAGCCCCCAGGGACGCUGAUGCUUGUAGUGUAUUUUAACAAAGUUUCAGGAAUUCUUAAAGUUACAAGUUAUGUAAUGUGCAUUGUUCUUUCCCUCAUACUGCUCCCCAGUGAUCAAACAGAUACCAGAAAAAUUAUUUUUUAAGGUGAGUCAUCAGAAAAGUUGCUGAUGGAGGAGAGAUGUUACUUAUUUUCUCCCUAAUCUUUGGCCUUGUGGAACUCCAAAAAACAAAUACCAGAUCCACAUUUUGAUGGUGAAAUACCAAGUACUUUGGGUAGUAUGUGCUUUUCUGCAUGCAGCAGUUCCUUUCACAAGAACCACUCGGGUAAAAUCCAGAUCUGGGGCUUGCAUCCCUGGAUACAGAGAACUUUCACACGGACCAGAAGCCGGAUUUCUGCCAGCACGCAGGGAUCUUUUAAAAAAUAAAAGUGCUAAAAACACUUUCUAAACAGCGCUCUCUGAAGGAUGCUUUAUUUGGCAGGGAUCACAGCUCAGCUCUCUGUGCCAUAUUCUCAUAACACUUUUGAUUUCCAAACUUUAAAAGGCCUUUUAGUGAGAUUAUUGAAAUUCUCCAGUUCUCACGUACUUACACACAGCACCCAGACAAAGUAAGCCUCUUGCUCCCAGAGUUAGCUGUAAGUUCAGGUUGUCCAGUAGAUCUGCACUAGGAAGUUAACUCCUGUUUUCAUAUUUGGAUUCCUAUAUUCAGGAUUAUGCUUACACAUCUACUUCAAGAGUGUCUAAAGCCUUAUGUUUUGUUUUUACUGGAGAAAUCAUUUUCUUCUAUGCAGCUGGCUGCACUGGGUCGUACUCUGGGACUCAGCCCCAGGACAGUGCAAGUGUUUGCAGACAUUUUGUUUAACGUCUCUAAAGCUGUUCCACGGCUAGCUGUGUUUUUCAAGCUAUCAGUUUGAACUGUGUAAAUUCUGUGUUGUUUAUUCCAGCUGAACUCACCCAAGUACCAAGGGAGUUACAGUCCUUUUUAGAAGGCCACAGGGAGCUGGGGGCUAUGAGGCAGCCACUAACUCAGUUCAAUAACAAAUAAACAUACACAAGGAAGGGUUAUUUAGCUUUGCUGAUGCAGGCUUGAGUCAUCUUUACAGCAGUUUCUGAACGAGCGAAGCAGCAGGAAACAAAGAUGAUCCAACAGGAACAAUAUCAAUGAAUUUCCAAAAAGUCAUUCAAAAACUUCUUAGCUAACUGUUCAAAAUCAGUGUUACAUAAGGAAGAUAAUGGCGAAAACACAGGAAUGAGAUAAAACCUGCAACUGUUGCAAAAGUUCAGGGAUGAUAAAAAGAAAACCUUGCAGUGCUAAAGCAUGGGGAGUGAAGUUUCAAUAAAGGCAAAGAAGAAACAUAAGAAAAAUGAUCUUCUAUACACAGUAACAAGCUGUCAGGUAUCUAUUAUCACAGGACAGAGACUUGGAAGGUCUCACAGCUGAGAUCUAAUCCCCCAGCAGUCCAUUACAAAAAGGAAACCAGAAGCAGAGAGCAGGAAACUGCCCCUCGAAAUCCCCACGAUACCCAAAGCUUGUGUGACGCCAACAGUUCUGGUCUCCUCCAGUUUGGAAAUGAAAAAGGAAAAAAAGGACAGCCACAAAGCUGCAGAAGGCCCGCCAGCCAAGAGAUGACGUUAAGGCUUCCCUGCUCUGAAAGGUGACACAACAAAUGUCUAUUUGAUCACACCCAGCAUAAGAUACAAAAGGCAAAAUUUUCAUUAUGUCUCAAAAACAAGAACUUGCAGGCAUCAAAUGAAAUUAACAUGUCA